AUUUCAUCUCCGAUUUAGACCCAUUCUCCGCUCUCCACAGCCAUCAGAAUCUCUCAAUUGUGAUCUGAAAUGCUCUUCCAUCAUGGCUAUCGGUAGAUACUUUCUUUUAUCAAUCUUACCGCACCGUUGCACGAGUUCAUCAUAGACUGACCGAUCGAUCGCCUGGUUGCAUACGCGCGCACACAUACACACACCAUGCCCGCCGGCCUGGUGCGAAAGCUGAUCAUUUUCGCCGCUGUUGACGGACUAAUCCUCCAAGUCCACGGGAACGGACAGCGUCAGUAUAAUGGCGGGAACGGCGAGUCAUCGCCAUUUAUUCGCAUCGACUAUAAGACGAACAAGAUCUCCUCGGGUCUGCUUCCCGCUUCUGCUGUCGAGAAGGGAGAUGCAGUGGAGUUGGAGGCGUUUGGGAUUGUCGGACUGCUGUCUGUUGCGUCAUGCUCGUUCCUCAUACCCAUCACUCAGCGCCAGCAGGUCGCGCAGGUCUACGGGAGACCGAUUUACGCUGUGACCAACGUUGCUCUCAUCCCGACCUCCUCACAAGCAGACGCGAUGCGUGCGAUUUCUCAAACCAAAGCUAGCCUGUUGCAGGACGAGAGUGGGCCAGGGGAAACAACGGAGGACUACGAGGAAAUCUCAGAUGGCAGUGACCCCUGCGAGUCCGACACCGAUAUCAGCAAUGCGGAAGACUUGCCACCAACAGGGAUAUCUCACUCAAGGGGUUCCAGUGUUGGCAGUAUUGCUGAGGAAGUGAUUGGUAAGAGGGUCCGCUUCGGCAAGUUCGCUGCUAGCUGGCUGUCAAAGAAGGCCCUGGGACUGUCGGGUCUCAAUGCCGUAGGUGCCCAAGACACCGACCAUAUUGCCGAUAAUAAGAAGGCGGCAACACCUCCAAUGCAAACGGCAACUCAGAUUCUCCCAGGCGUUUCUAAUGCAGAGGGGCAAAACACGCCGGCUUCUAUACCAGAUGUGCAAGACCACCCAUCGCUUCAAGAUGGAAAGGCCGCCGAAGGAUCAACGUCGAUUGAAGAGACGGUGGAACUGUUACCGAAACUUCUGCGGUAUACGAAACUGAUUUUUGCGUCCCAUAAUUUCUUCUUUGCCUAUGAUUAUGACAUCACACGUCCAAUUGGAGUUCUGGAGUCACAAAAGUCCACUGUGCCUCUCUACAAAGUCGUAGAUCCACUGUAUUUUUGGAAUAGACAUCUGAUGAACCCUUUCAUAGAAUAUGGUGCCCACAACUUCGUCUUGCCAUUGAUGCAGGGGUUCGUUGGUCAAAAAGAAUUUGCUGUUAGUUUGGGAUCCGCAGAAGCAGAUGGGCACGUCGAGGGGCAACUUAAAGCUCUUAGUUUGAGCAAGGAAGGGAGCGAUGCAGAAGCGGAUGAUUCCGGUCCUCGCAAGCGCAACUUCCUGCUAACAUUGAUCUCCCGACGAUCUAUCAAACGGCCCGGUCUGCGAUAUCUGCGACGCGGUGUUGACGAUAAUGGCAACACGGCCAACACGGUCGAGACGGAGCAAAUCCUAUCGGCCCCGGAUUGGAAUCCUGCACAGAACAUCCAUUCAUUCCUUCAGAUACGCGGCUCGAUUCCUCUGUAUUUCUCUCAAUCACCAUAUGCCUUCAAACCCGUGCCUGUGCUUCAUCAUUCGGCUGAAACGAACCAACUGGCUUUCGGCAAGCAUUUUCGAGAGUUGGGAAGGCGGUAUGGAAAAGUCCAGGCCGUUUCUCUCAUUGACAAGCACGGAGGGGAGCUUGAUCUAGGGCAACAAUACGAUAAAUACGCGCAGGAACUGAACGCCUCUGGAGGGAUAAACGGCAGCCCCCUCGGUUUGGAAUGGUUCGAUUUCCACGAGGAGUGUCGUGGGAUGAAAUUCGAGAAUGUUAAGCGACUGGUAGAUGCUCUGAGAAAGACCCUGGAAGAUUAUAGCGAUACUGUCAUACAUGGCAAUAACAUCGUCAGGAAGCAGGCAGGAAUUGUGCGCACUAACUGCAUGGACUGCCUGGACCGUACUGGAGUUGCUCAAUGUGCUUUCGGUCAAUGGGCCUUGGAACAGGAACUCAGGCGCGAGGGCAUCGAUAUCGACCUGCAUAACGACAUCUCGACCCAGUGGUUCAAUGUACUUUGGGCAGACAGCGGAGACGCCAUUUCCAAGCAGUACUCGUCGACGGCUGCCCUGAAAGGCGACUAUACACGCACUAGAAAGCGAGACUACCGAGGCGCACUCCAUGACCUUGGUCUUACGCUAUCUCGAUAUUUCAACAAUGCGAUUAAUGACUACUUCUCCCAAGCUUGCAUCGAUUAUCUGCUUGGGAAUGUAUCCACGCAGGUCUUCAAGGAAUUCGAACUGGAGAUGCAGUCCGUGGAUCCAGGAAUUUCCGUUGACAGGCUACGCCAAAACGCCAUCGACACCAGUUGCCAGAUUGUUAUCAGCGAACAAUCCGAAGAGUUUCUAGGCGGCUGGACCAUGCUGACACCGCGUCAGCCAAAUACCCUUCGCAGUCUCCCGAUGGAAGAAUCUGUCCUUCUCUUAACCGAUGCUGCCGUAUACACGUGCCGGUUUGAUUGGAACACGGACAAGGUGCUCUCGUUUGAACGGAUCGAUCUCCGCUCCAUCACCCGCAUCAAUUACGGGACGUACAUUACGUCCAUCUUAACGGAGGCUCAGAUGGACGAGAAGACCAAUGUAGGCCUGGUCAUUGUGCAUGGUAAUGGUGACGAAAAUUCGCUCCGAGUCAACACGCGGUCACUGCAGAGCAAUGUGAACCUGAAAGCGCUAGAUGACACUGCCAGUCGAUCCUCACCGGCUAAUGAGUGGGACAUUUACUCCUGGUUCAAAAGCGCUGCAGAGGCGAAGAAAAAUUCUCCAUCCUUCGUCGCGUUCAAGGCUCUCCCGCUUUGCAACUCGGCGACAAUCAAAAAUGGGAACAGGAGUGGAAGUGUUCCGGGCAAUAUAAGCGAGCUCGACUUUGUACGGUCGAUAUGCGAAGAAAUCGAACGUGCGACGUCCAAGGUUGUCUCUGCGCAUAGGGGACCAGAAGUUGGGAAGCUCUCCAUGGUUGAAAAGACCGACAUUAUCCCAUUGGAAGACGCGAAGAAACGGACAGGAUAUCUAGAACAUUUGUUCUACGAUAUCAAAAAGCUCGUUUGGGCAUGAGAUUUGUACAUUUUACAUUGAAGACUUGAAAUUGAGGUUCUCAGAGAAAUCAGUUCUAUUAACUAGAUAAUCCGCACGACAUAAAGCCAUUCUAACACCCGACAUAAAAGUGUAAACAGUGGCGAGUCGAAACGAGAUAUUUAACAAUAAAAGGGGGAAAGGACCUUUCAGACCUCCUCAACACCCACCAAGUCUAACCGACCGAAGUCAAGACGUUAAGACAAGGUAAAGAUCAUCACCACUCUCUGAUUCGAACCCGACUACCCCGAAGGAUUAUCACAGGUCGUAUCUUGGCGAGAGUAAAAACGGCUUCACUUUAGGGUAUUGAGGACAUGGCAGUCAUCAGCAAGGGUGGAGAAUCUGUGGCUCUUUUAAAGAGCUCAGAGGUGGGACGUCUACUCUAAAGUGAUUCUUUGAACUGUAGAGAAUUGUUAGUUUUGAUCCCAAAGAUGCAUCACUUCCCUUUCUUGAGGGAAAGGGAAGGGAAGGGAAUGUUAGGGGAGGGUAGAAC